AUGAUCAACAACGCAGUCGGCCGGUUGGUGACCAUAACCAUCAUCUUUAUCCCCAUGCUGUUCGUGCUCUACUCAUACUUGCGGAUUCUCAUUGUGUGUAAAAAAGGCAGCGCUGAAGUGAGAGGGAAAGCUUUGCAAACCUGCGUCCCACAUUUAGUGACGUUUGUGUCGUAUUCCUUCUCGCUGUUUCUGGAUUUGUCUCUGAGUCGCUUGGACACGAACAAAAUCAACCCCAUAAUCACUGCUGUUAUGUCCCUGGAGUAUCUGCUGGUGCCUUCCAUCAAUAACCCGCUGAUCUACGGACUCAAGCUGCCACAGAUCAGGGUGGCCAUCAGUCACAGGCUCAGGAUCCGAGCCAGAGAUGAGCGCUGCUUUUAG